UGAUGAUGAUGAUGAUGAUGAUGAUUAUGAUGAUGAUGAUGGUUAUUAUUAUUAUUAUUAUUAUUAUUAUUAUUAUUAUUAUUAUUAUUAUUAUUAUAACAGGGGCAGGUGGCAGAACCUUUAGUGUCAUAGCCUCCUAACGUUUUUGUACAUUUUUGUAAAAAAACAAAAACAAAAACAAAAAACCCCUCUUUUUUAAAAAAUGUUUGGGGGUUAUGACACUAAAGGAUACACACACAGCGCUGUGUGUGUGUGUGUGUGUGUGUGUGUGUAUCCAAGGUGCUAUAUGUAGUACAUGGAAAGCAUUAUUAUUUAUUAUUAUUGAUUGUAUAUUAGUAUUGUUACUGUUGUUUUUGUUAUUAAUACUACUACUACUACUAACAACAACAACAACAAUAAUAAUAACAAUAACAACAACAACAACAACAAUAAUAAUAAUAAUAAUAAUAAUAAUAAUAAUAAUAAUAAUGUGUCUGUUUCUACCACUCAAGGUCGCUGUUAAGAAAAACGAAAGAAAAUGAAAAGUCACCCUUUUUUAAUCAAGUGUAGAUUGUUUUUAAUAAAAUCGGAACAGUUUCUCAGCAGUUUAGAGAAAUGAUAAUGAGCAUAAAGUUUAAGCAAAACAUUUUCAGAAGUAAGGUGAUCAAAAGCUUUGGCUGAUCGGCAGAUAACGUGAGAUUAAAAAACCUGAAGACAGAUAUUAAGUCAUAAACAGUAAUACUAUAGUAUAAUGUAUACUUGACUGUACUAUACUGUAAUUAUAUAGAACUGGAUAUUAAAUGGAAAUUAUAACGUUUUACACCACACCACUGUUGCAUUCUCGAUUCUGAUUGGUCAGAAGGUGUUGAUUCAUUUUCUUUAACAGCGGCCCUGACAGUAAUGCAGGUUUAUAUUAAUGCGCUCGUUCUAAUACGUUAUCGUUCCUAUAGUAACAGCUCAUUCACAGGGACGUGUACGGCGGACGCGUCACGUCAGUCGAUUUAAAACGUAUUAAUCACUGAUACGAGCGAGUUUUUUAUUCUGUAAGGAGAUGUUUAUUUUGAUUCAUGGAAGGAGUCUCCAGUGUCAGUGCUUUGUAACAGUCGGAGCUACGCAGGCUACUGUCCACAGCUGAAAUUUCACAUGGGGAUGCCGUACAGUCCGCUCACGGCUCAACUCCUGACCUCUCCGGAGAUUUCACACUCUCCGAGAAUGGUGUUGAGUUCAGGACUGUCACCUUCCACAGAAAGGGACACUGGGACGAGGGAGGAGGUCCGGACGAGAGGGACAGGACACGGCAAGACGGUGCAGAGAAUGAUACCGGGCUACACAGGUUUCAUCCCGAGAAGUCAGAACUAUUUCUCAAAGUCGUACACAGACACGUGUCGAGAAGCACUUAGCGAGUUUGAUUCGGAUCAGAAAAGGAGAAUUCGGCCAGCUACAGCUGACGGGCUACCUGCAGAAUUUCCAGACAUCAAGCGACGGGCACUGAACACUCCUUUGGUGGUUAUCUCUAAAGAACCGUUUUCCUAUAAAUCCAUGGACUGCUGGAAGCCCCUCGGCUCUCCAUAUUCAAUGGAAGACGACAACCCACACAAGUACUUCAUUUCAGGUUUUACUGGCUACGUCCCCAAAGCCAGGUUCCUGAUAGGUUCCAGCUAUCCCAAAACCACCAACAAGGCGCUGAUCCAGCUUGGCAAGCAGAUGAAGGCGAGUCACAGUGCGCACGGCCUGACGACAGAAAGCGCUGACAAUCUGGUCUCAUUGCCCAGCAUCUACCCCACACAGCAAGGUCUGCUGCCCCGCUACACCGGACACGUGCCAGGAUACAAAUUUCGAUACGGACAGACGUUCGGGCAGCUCACCAGCAACUCGCUAGAGCUGAGCGGCACACGCAGGAAGAUCGACAUCGAGGAAUGAAUCAUGGAGCUUUAGAUGGACCCCAGCAGCUAGUACGAUCACUGGCACUCAGGAAAAAUAUCACAAGAAUCACAAAUAUAAGCGGGAUUAAAGGAAAAUGGAACAUGGA